GAACAUAAAGAAACUUCCAGAGUCGAUUGGGAAAUUACAAUCAUUAAUCGAGUUGAAUUUGUUAGAAACGAAUGUUGAUCACCUACCGGAUUCAUUCAGCAAUCUAAAGCAACUGACAACACUUAAGAUGAGGGACAUUAAGGGAGGGUUGACAAAAUUACCUAGUGCGAUCUGGAUGGUUCAGUUACUGACUUAUCAUACUAAGUUCAUCAGAAGUGAGCUGUACUGUUUGAAAAUGCCAGACUCAUGGAGCCAAAUAAUCGGAUUACCUACUGUGGCGAGUCUCGUCUCUAAUAUCCAGAAACUUGAGAUAGCCGCACGGGAUAGCAGACGGUUUUGGGAUCCAACGUGGGACCCCCUUGGUGAGCUGGAGAAUGUCAUUGCUUUUCUCUAUAGACUCGGUUGUACCCAAUCUACGCUGGAAAAACGAAUAUUGGCCUCCCCAAACAUGCGGUUCUUCCUCCAGCUCCCGUCUAGUUUAAGAGAGUCAUUACUUCGAGAACUGGUGACCUCAACUCAGUGCUAUACAGUCAAUAGUUGGUGGAUGCCGAUAUUCGUUGGUAUAUGUGAUUCGGAGUUGGAGAAACUCCUUCUGCAGGAUUACACGCUUUCAAGACGGAUCGAACGGUUUCGGCUGAGAAAGAGGAGAUUCUUCUCCAGAUACCGUCCGAGGAUUCGUCAAUGGUGGCAUCACCCCACAAAAGCACUUGAGCCGUCGCAUAUGAAUAAUCUGCAAGAGGUAGAUCUGUUCGAAUGCAAGCUACUAGUCGAGAUUCGCGGCCUCGAAGAAUUGGGAUCCCUUUCAUCCCUUGCGGUCGCAUAUUGUAGGUCAAUCGAAACGAUGCCAGACCUAUCGAAAUCGAGGAAGCUAAGGGAGCUUCGAGUGGGAAAAUGUCCGAAGCUAAGAAGCAUGGAAGGUUUGGAACGCUUGGAAUCUCUAAAGUGUUUGCGGAUUCACGAUUGCAGGUCUUUGGAGAGUUUGGUGGACACCUCGAAUUUGGAUUUAGAAUGUUGCCUGAUUGUCCGUUGCAAGCGGUUGCCCGACCGUCGCAAUUAUUGUAAACGUGGCCGGGGUUGCUAUUGUGAGAUGCUUUUCGAGGGGUUAUGGAAAUCUGACCCGAUGGAAGUCCAGCAAGUAUUACAGGGACACCCGGAUGUUGCGCCAGAUUAUCUUGCAAAAUUCCAGUAUAUGAUUCAGUCCUGACAUGGGUGCAGAGUUCAUAACAGAGAUAGCGAUGUUUCAGAGAAAUGGAUUGGCUGGAAUCAAAUCAUAAUAUAGUGGCAAGUAAACUAGAAGUACUAGAUCUCAACAAUUGCGAAUACUUAAUGAGAACACCUUAUUUAUCUAUGUCAGCGUCCUUGGAGAGAUUGAAUCUUGAAGGUUUUCACAACUUAAUUGAAAUUGACCCAUCCAUUGGUAAAUUAAAGCUCCUAACUGCUUUGAACCUGAAGGGAUGUGACUCUUUUGAAGAGUUACCUGAAGAGAUAGGAUAUCUACAAGCUUUAACAUAGAUUUUCAUGCCUAAUACACUACAUGAACUUUCGAAGAGAUUUGGUAAUUUGUGGUCACUGUUGACCUUUGAUGUAUCACAUAAGCAGAUUAGCAAACUGCCAUACUCGAUCGGAGAGCUAGUGAAACUUAGGCGGUUGGAUUUAUCAGGGUGUACAAAGAUAGAGGAACUUCCAGACUCAAGUUUGGAAAUUACAAUCCUUAUGAACAAGAAGCACCACCCUCCAUUUUUUAGCAAUGAAGAAUGGUGUUUCGAUAAAAUAGCCAAAGACGGCACUCUACGCAAGCACAUGACUUUGAGAGGAAUCAACACUGUUGCAGAAAAAAGAAUAAGGGAAGCACAAGCAGUUUGCAACUGCAUUUUGUUACCAAAUUACUGGCAACCAUCUUCACUAGCAGUCAGAUAAGCACCGGGGAUGGUGCUCCUCUGAGGAUCGAACUAGUAGAUGGCAGGACCAAUGAGAGGGUUAUGAGUGGCCCUCUAUCUUCCGUAAAGCUCAAAAUUGUCAUCCUUGAUGGCGAUUUUGGGUCAGACGAGGGAGAGGAUUGGACCGAGAAGGAAUUCAAUUACAAUAUCAUUUGUGAAAGGGAAGGGAAAAGGCCAUUGAUAACCGGGUUGGUGACUGUGAUCUUGCAAGGGGAAAUUGGUUGCCUUCGUAAUUUAAUCAUCACUGACAGCUCGAGCUGGAUGAGAAGUCAAGAAAUGAGCUCGAGCUGUUCAAAAGGUUUCUGCAGAAAUAAGAAUAAGUGAGUGAACAAGAAGCACUAUCCACAAUCACUGAGCGACGAAGUAUGGCAUUUGCAGAAAAUAGCCAAAGACAGCGCUCUGCACAAGUGCAUGACUUCGAGAGGAAUCAACACUGUUUCCUCCAGCUGUACGAAGUGGAUGCGCCUUUCUAAGAAACAAAGUGACUCUUACUCUUCGAGCACUACUAAUUUCCCUUUUUUCCAGUUCACGUUAUUCUAAGCAUUGUUCAAUAUCAAAUCGUGCUACUUCUUUUGUGUGCGAUGUUAUUUCAGGUACUUGGAAAUGGGAUCACCAAGCGGACAUGGGAUAUGAUCGUCAGACACGCCAGCUCCUGUGUGGUCAAUGAUGACAACAUGUAUUUCUACCAAGCUUUGAACAAGGCCAGUAUAGUGUUCAAUUCAGUCAUGAAAGUUGCUCAAGCAGCACUCGAUGGCCAAAUUUACCAGUCGGUAGACAUAUUGGCCCACUCUCAGAAGAUUUUGUUGCAGAACUUGAAAUGGCUAGCUUACAAUAACAACAAUCAAUGGUGGCGCUCGAUGCCCUGCCCAGCGUCUCUCUUCUGAGAGCCCCAACUAAUUUUCCUACAGAGCCGUCAAUUGGCCUGAGCCUGCCUCUUCAUCAUCUAUUUUACACAGAGCUAAACCAAGCAUCGUGCUGCUACAAUGUCACAGAGAUCAGGCAAUUAGGUUGUCUGGGGCCACAGUCAUAUCACUGCAAAAAUCUUUGAUCCGACUGUAAUUCAACGGCUUGGCAAGGGAGGACUUUUUGUCCAGUUUGAGUGCUGGCGAAAGCAGUCAUCUUCCCGGUUACACACGAUCGUUUGCGCCGAACAUCCAUUUGUCUCCUGACGAGCUUUUCCAAGUGCCAUCUUCAAUCCCUGGCAAUUUAAUGUGGCACCGGAGCAUACUUCCAUCAUUGAGUCGAGCAGCAGGGCAGAUUUUGGGAUCUGCCCAUCUUGCACGGGUUAUGGAGUCCAUAAUUCUAGGAUUGCAAGACCCAAGGUGGCAUGGUACAAGAUUCGUGAUGUGAUGAAGUGGGGAUUGGUUUGGCGCGUUGUGGCUGCAAAGAGAAGAGCAAUGUUCAAUUGUGCAAGUUAUCCAGCUGUAUAAAUGGAGAGUCCCAUCCCCCAAAAGAGUUUUCGGUGCUUCAGGAGCGCGAAGCUCUGGCCCACACAAGCCAGUCAUCACAUGCGAAGUAUAAAAAAGAAGGAAAUUCAUGAUACUUGAUGCGAGGAGAAUGUCUUGGGGGUAUGAGAAUGUCUAGUUCUAGGGGUAAGCUGCCCAGGAUGCAUCAGCAACUUAUAUUAUGCAUGAUCACUGCGAUUUUCUCUAUUGUUUUUUUGUUGAUUGUCCUUUCAUAUUUGAAUGAAGUUGUGCACCAUCAAGAUGGGGCUGCCGAUUGGACAUGUCUUCUCCCUAUGGGUCACGCAAGCUGAUCUUAGGAAGUACCUCAAUACAGGGGUUCUUCCUCAAGAAUUGGCAAGGUCUUGGCAAGAAAGAGUAUUGGAUUUAUUUCUGCUACGGUGAAUAUGCUGUGGGGACAAGAGGAGAUUGAGAUCGGAAUGUUCCUUAUGAACUUUUCCUCUUCCAGAACAUUGCGCACUAUCUUCUUGUGCUAAGAAAAUGGAAGCUUGAACUGCAAAGUUAGGAGGUCUAUGAUGUGAAAACUGUUGUCUAGGCUAAGCUACAGAGCGUUCCUCUGUAUCUUCUGACAUUGGAGGGAGGUCUUGACGGCUUUUUCAAGGGUGAGAAAGGACUAAGGCAGGUCGAUCCUUUCUUGCAUUUUUUGUUAUGGUGAUGGAGGUUUUUCCAGAACUGUUCAAUAAUUCUGCAUGUCAUGGCAAAUUAAAAUACCGUUCUCAGUGCUCUAAGGGGAAACUUGCUGACGAUUUGAUGAUAUUUUCCAAAGGGGAUAUGGAUUCUUGAAUGAAACUAUUGGCCUUGCUUCAGAGACUUAAGCACACGUCAGGUCUUAGUAUUAGUCCCCUUAAGACGGAGAUAUAUAUAUAUGUAGCUGGUAUUAAGCGGCAGCUAGUGGAUGAUAUACAUCUCUUGGUGGCUUUAAAAAGGGCCAAUUGCCAGUUAGUACCUUGGCCUUCCUCUGAUUUUGGGAACGUGAGUGAUGACAGUGUAAAACUUUGCUGGACAAGAUUACUCUUCGAAUGAGGUCUUGGACAAUUAGGCAUCUCUGUCUCGCUGAAAGAUUGCAACUCAUUAAGGAAGUAGCAGCUUGGUGAAUUUUUUGGAGUCAAAUUUUUUUGUUGCCAAAAAAGUUAUCAAUAUGAUGGAAAGCAAGUGUAACCCUUUUGGAAGGGAGAAUCUAAAAACGCUCGAGGUUCAAAAGUUGCUUGGAUGAUGCAUGUCACCCCAGGUUUAAGGGUGGUUCAGGAUUGAGGAAACUAGGGCCUUGAAAUCUUGCUUGUCUAUUGAAGAACUCAAGGAGAUUUUGUUGCAGGUUGGAUCCAUUCGGGUGGCCUGGCUUAGCCGUUUCUUGCUUAAAGGGCAGUCUAUUUGGGCAGUGAAUCUAACUGGCGAGAGCAGCUAUGCUCGGAGAAAGUCUACUUGAAGCAAUGUAAAUUAGUAUAUAAUAUAUAGUUUCAUUUAAAAUUAAUAUUUGAAAAUUUGAUGGAGAAACGCGAACUCAAUUGUAAUUUGCAUUACAAAGCAUGGCUUACGUUGUCACUUUUCUUCUUGUCCCAUAUAAAACUCGACCUCACUUACAACGUGGUUUUGAGAAGA